CGAGAGAUCGUUCGUUGCCUCCCUCCCGGCUGUCAGUCGGUCAAAUCAACAUAAAUUUUCAGUGAUUUACAGGAAUUCGUGUAGACGGACCAGAGUCCGCGAAUUCCUGAUCACUUUUUAUGAAGUGAGUCUUAUUUUGGCGUGCUCUAACAUUUUCGCUUGCUUUUGCUUUGCCUUUCAUUUCGUUGAAAAAUGACUGAAAGAUUCAGCUUUGGAGUCUACCCAAUAACUUGUCAUGCUUGGAAUAAAGAUCGCUCUCAAGUAGCACUUUCCCCAAACAAUCACGAAGUGCACAUCUAUAAGCGAGAAGUUAAUGAAUGGAGACUAAUCAAUGUUCUCAACCAACAUGAUCUUCGAGUGACAGGAAUUGAUUGGGCUCCCAACACCAACCGAAUUGUAACUUGCGCUGCGGAUCGGAAUGCAUAUGUGUGGAGUCAAGGACCUGAUGGUAACUGGAAGCCAACAUUGGUUUUACUUCGUAUCAAUCGAGCUGCCACUUGUGUGAAAUGGUCUCCAUUUGAAAACAAGUUUGCUGUUGGUUCUGGUGCACGACUCAUUUCAGUCUGCUAUUUUGAGAAGGAGAAUGACUGGUGGGUGUCAAAACAUAUUAAGAAGCCCAUAAGAUCAACUGUUACUUCAUUGGAUUGGCAUCCCAACAAUUUGGUGCUGGUAGCUGGACUGACAGAUUUCCGAGUUAGAGUAUUUUCUGCUUACAUUAAAUUGUUGGAAGAACCAAAUGAUGAUGGCAAUCCUUGGUGCAAGAAGGGGGGCAACCCUGGAAGCCUGGGAACACUUUUAGCGGAGUUCACAAAUUCACCAUCAGGAGGUGGUUGGAUACAUGGAGUUAGCUUCUCAGGUGACGGCAACCGCAUUUGUUGGGUUGGCCAUGAUUCUUCCAUUUCUGUAGCUGAUGCAAGUCGUGCAAUGGCUGUAGUUAAACUGCGGACUGAGUUCCUACCCUUUAACACAUGCACUUGGGUGGGACCGAACAGUAUUGUUGUGGCCGGUCAUAACUGUUGUCCUCUCUUGUACACUUAUGACCAAUCGGGUCAGCUAUCUUACACUUGCAAGUUGGACACUUCUCAGAGGAAAGAAGCUGCUGGUCUAAGUGCUAUGGCCAAAUUCCAGAGUUUGGACCGUCAAGCUCGCAUUGAAAAUGACACUGCCUUGGAAACAGUGCAUCAAAAUGCUAUCACAUGUUUGGUUCUGUACUCUGGCUCCAAAGGUGCAGUUAACAAGUUCAGCACCACUGGUGUGGAUGGGCAACUUGUCAUUUGGGACAUGAAUCUUCUUGAGAAAGGCAUUCAAAAUAUGCGGCUCAAUUAGUAUGGAUACUUACUGAAGCUGUGAUUAAGAAAUUCCAUUUUAAAGCCACAAAUGUUAUUAACAAUAUAAUUUGUUCAAAGGAAGUGCCUGGCAGAACCUUCCUUGGCAUUGUUAUUAUAUAAGUUGAAUCAAUUGAGGUAGUUCUUAAAAUUGCUACUUGUCAAAUUUGCAUUUCUACACAUAUAAGGGUGGACGUGGCUUCAGAAUGAGUUCUUCAGCAAUUUUACUCUUGUUUGUAUAGUGCUUUCACUUAUAACCUGAAAUACCAUAGCCAUGGUUUACUGAUUUAUUUUGUAAGAAAUAGUGUGUUUUCCUGUUUUUUGGAGUUUCAUUUCAUUUCUGAACUUGAGUAUUUUUAUGCGAGUGUUCAGAUUGAACUAAUGAUGUUCUGUUUAUAUUAAUAAAUUGUUGAAUAUAUUGACCAGUCUAA